CUCUGCCAAGCCCAAGCUGGUGGUGAUGCAAGGCUGCCAAGAAUAUACAACAAACGGGAGAACGAUGAGAUUGGUGAAUAUGUGAAAGAUGAUAUGUGGCUAGGCGGAGAGGAUUCAGACAAUGAAGGUGUAUAUCAAUGGAGAGAUACAGGACAAAUUAUAACUUACACUAAUUGGCUGCCCGGUCAGCCAGAUGAUCAUUCUGGCAUUGAGGAUUGCAUCGGAAUAUAUUACACCUUACGGAGAACGUAUGAGUGGAAUGAUUUUAUUUGUCAUGGCUACUCACUCAAGGUGCUCUGUGUGAGAGAUAUGCCAUCCUGCUCAGCACCAGUGGUCACGGGCGCCACACAGACUGGUGAUAGAUUUUACAUCGGAAGUACCGUCAAUAUCGUGUGUAAUACUGGGUACAAAAAGAUUGGCAGCUCCAACAUCACUUGCAAUGCCAGUUUGCUAUGGUCGCCAGAGACAGCGUGCCAAGAUAUCAAUGAGUGUGCAUCUGGUACUCACAACUGUUCAAUGAACUCAACAUGUACAAACACAGCUGGUAGUUAUACGUGUGGUUGCUACUCUGGAUUUGCCAAUGCUUCACCUAUCAACCUUUGUUCAGGAACUGUGUUUUAUGCUGGAGGAGGUAUAUGUACCAGCAUUGAGAACGUAUUCAAUUUUGCUGUCCAUGUGUUGCACCGUGGAAGCAAAUUGCCCAUGGAUCAAGAUAUUGUGGAUUGA